AUGGUGGCACUCAAACUGCAGAAGCGCCUGGCGGCGUCCGUGCUGGGAUGCGGUCUGCGGAAGGUGUGGCUGGACCCCAAUGAGGUGAACGACAUCUCCAUGGCCAACUCCCGGCAAAACGUCCGCAAGCUGGUGAAGGACGGAUUCAUCAUCCGCAAGCCCGAGAAGAUCCACUCCCGCUCUCGCGCGCGUGCAUCGGCAGAGGCUAAGGCCAAGGGCCGACACACUGGCUACGGUAAGCGGCGCGGAACCCGCGAGGCCCGCCUGCCCACCAAGGUCUUGUGGCUGCGCCGCCUGCGCGUGCUGCGCCGCAUGCUCAAGAAGUACCGCGACUCCAAGAAGAUCGACCGCCACCUGUACCGCGAGCUGUACCUGAAGGUCAAGGGUAACGUGUACAAGAACAAGCGCGUGCUGAUGGAGGCCAUCCACAAGCAGAAGGCGGACCGCAUUCGCGAGAAGGCGCUGGCCGACCAGUUCGAGGCGCGCCGCGCCAAGAACAAGGCCAUGCGCGAGAGGAAGCUGGCGAGGAGGGAGGAGCGCCUGGCGGCCGGCAUCGUCGGCGUCACCGACGCCCCCAAGGGCGCCGCGCCCGCCAAGGCGUGA